AUGGCAGACACUCAGUCCCAGGAGAUCCCCUCACAGUCCGCCACCCUACGCGCCGAGCUCAAAGAGUGGGAGAGAGCCUUCGCCGCCGCAAAUGGAGGCCGCAAAGCCGAACGCAGUGAUAUCAAGAAGGUGCCUGAGAUAGCCGCAAAAUACAAAGAGUACUCCCGACUCAAGUCCCUCGAAACACAACGCGAGAAAAAAACCCAUUCCAAAUCCGUGGACCUAGAAGAACGCCCCAAAAAACGCAAGCACGCAUCGUCCGAUGGCCCAGAUACCACAAAUCCUCUAACCACCCCCCGCAAAUCCGCCAAGAACAUCUUCGCGACUCCCUCCAAGGCCAAGGGAGCCGAAACACACCCCGCCCAAGUCGACCCCUACGAUUCCCCGUCGGCCCUCCGCCGCCUGUUCAGUCCGUCCACCCACCAGCAGACCUCUUCUCCGCUCAAAGCCGCCAUCGGGCCCACGCCCCAGCGGGACGGCAAGGCAUUAGGUCUGUUCGAUCUCCUGUCCGAGUCCGGGGGCAGCACCGCGACACCCUCGGCGCACCGACUGGCGACGGUGCGCGGCGCCGCGGCGCAGACCCCGUCCAAACGACGGGCAACCAUGGAUACCAUCGCGGAGGAGGACGAGGAGGAAGAUGAAGACCAAGACAGCCCGCGGUUGGAACGGACGCCGCUGUCGUCGGGCAAGAAGUUCAUGCUCUCGACGCUCUUCGCGACGCCGACAACCUGGCGCUUUGCGACUAUGAUGGAGAAAGAGAACGGCGCGGCUAGCGCGGAGGGCGACGAGCCAGCCCACGUGGAUGCAGCCCCCCCGGAACCUAUCGAGUCCGAAACCCCGUCAUUCCUUCGUCGGUCCAACUCGGGGCGAUACGGUACCGGUGCGCCGAACGGGAAUGCGGGUGGAUUGAGUCCCAUAGCUGUGCGGAAGCCGCCCCAGUUUGUCGGGAAGGGCUUGUCAGCAUUGGUGCAGGGGCUGCGUGAUAUGGAGGAGGAGCGUAUGGAGGAUGACAUGGACGUGUUGCGCGAGAUUGAGGCCGAGCAAGCAGCCAUGAAUGUCGAGGUGACUGAUAGUCAGGCUCAGGAGAGUAAUGCCGGCCCGGUCUUCAAGAAGAAGGGCCAGAAACGGACUACGCGGAGAGUGCGCAUGAAGCCUGUUGUCACCAAGUCCAAGCCCGAGCCUCAGAUGGCAGAAUCAGAUGAGGAGACCGAAAACGACGCUGCCAAUGAGAGCGGCGAUGAGCUUGCUGCCGUGCCGGAGACACAGCAUGCAAAUGCCUCGAACGUCCACGACUCCGAUGACGCGGCAUCACUGCAUACCAUGUCGGAACCUGACCUCGACUCUGACGCCGAUUACGAAGAGCCAUCGCGACCGUUUGCGCGAAGUAAGAGCUUCACAGAAAAGAUGAAGGAGGCCAUCGGGGUCAACAAACUUCCCUCGAAGAACCCUCCGGAGAAGCCCUCUCAGCCUCAAGUUAAAGAAACGGAGAAGAAACAACCUCGCCUGCGAAAGGUCAAUCCCGAAGCUCAUGCCAACUACCGCUCUCUCAAGAUCCGGAAUAGGGGCAGCAAAGGCCGAGGCGCUGGGCGUUUUCGCCGACGUUGA